AUGAUAAUGAUGUGGGUGUUCGCGCCCUAUAGUGUAGGAACAAACAAAAUGUCGGAUCGCAGCGGCGCCGCGCGGCUUCCAGGGGUUCUCCGUCUGGGGGAGUGGCCGUCCCCACUCGCUAUUGGCUCCCCCUUAGCUCAAUAUCACAGUCAUAAGCGCCCAACACACACGAUGCAAUAUCUCACGUCGGCCCCCGCGCUACGAACGAAAUUAUCAUUCGAGCGUCCGCACUCGACGGACCCGACCGCCGCAAUCAUUGGCUCAGCGUCUCUGUCGAGCGCAGUGUUAUGUAGCGGCAGCGGCAGCGACGCCGCUGAAGAGGUGCGCCCAGCCGCCGCGACGGAGCCGAGAGAGGGCGCGGAGGUAGCGGGCACGCGCCCGCCCGCCGCCGAGGGCUACAUGUACGUUUGCGGGGACAGCGCCGGCGGCGCCGCGCGCUACGAAUGCACCUACGACGCCGCGGCGGCAAUGGAGCAGCCCACCUUCGAGGAGCACAUGUUCGGCGACUUCGGCAAGGAGCGCCACGUGCAGGUCGUGGUCGGUGCCAGCGGCGAACUCCAGUAUCGCGACGAGAUCCCGGUGUUCACGGCCGGCGCUGACCAAAAGAGAAAAGAGGAGCCCCUACUCCUGCAAGCGGUGGAGACCGCCCCGCCACAGCACACCGCACACCCGCCACCGCCGCCGCAGCCGACUACGAAGAAGAGUGACAAAAAGAAGAACGAUAAUAAUGGAAUAAAGAAGAAGAAAACUAGGACGACAUUUACUGCCUAUCAGCUGGAAGAAUUAGAGAGAGCAUUCGAACGAGCACCGUAUCCUGAUGUGUUUGCGAGGGAAGAAUUGGCGCUCAAAUUAAAUUUAUCGGAAUCACGUGUACAGGUAUGGUUCCAAAACAGAAGAGCAAAAUGGCGCAAACGGGAACCUCCAAGAAAAACAGGGUACAUCGGUUCUAGUUCUCCGAGUUCUACUACACUAGGCGGAGGAUUUUCUGGUAUCGGUGGCAAUCUACCAACAUUCCCGCAGAACGGUCUACCAGCUCCCGCUGAUUCCUGGUCUUACCAGCACUCGUACGAGCUAUCUUCACAUCAUCUACUGUCGUCUGGCGGUAGUGGCUACCCCGGAUUUAAUUCUCAACCAGCGGCGUACUCCUACACGACGGUUCUAAACGGCCACGACGGUCAAAUGUUUGCACCCAGGCAUUCCUACGAAUAUGGCGAAGGUAGUCCGCCUCCGAUAGGCGUCCGCGAUUACCCAAUGAUAGCUGCUCACUCACCACAAAUGGAAGGUCAUGCUCACGAUGAUAAGUUGGAUUACCGUAGCCACGAACACGAAGACAAGUAUUCAGCGUGUGCACUGCAAGAGGAGCCCCCACGCUACGCAGCUCCACCAGAAGACUAUGAGAAAUGUGGCAUGAUCCCACACGAUAAACACUACGAAAUGGAUCGACAUUCUGAACUUGCUUCUCCCGUAGUGGUCAAAAUGGAACCCAGUCCCAGCCAAGCGUAUACAUCUCUGCCUCCUUUUUUGAAU